AUGCCCUGCUUCAAAGGCAUCGCCGUGAGCAUACAUGCCAACGGUGCGCCUCUCCCCGAGCAUGGCAUGCAGAAACAGUCGCGCCUGUCGAGAAUCAGCACCUACAUACCAGUCCCCCAGCCGAGCAUCAAUCCCGACACCAACAAGCCCGAGCCUGCCAAAUUCGCAAUUUCCAUUACUUUGCUCACACCCGGCUUGCCUAUCCCUUACUCGACGCCUAAGCCAACAGAGAGCAACCCCUACCCGAAGCCGCAGUUUGUUGGCGGCCUUCCCACCGCUGCUCAUGGCCCCUCCAAGUUCUCCGGCGUCGUCAAUCCUUACAUCCCCAUGACAAACUCCGAAAAUGAGACGAUAGCCGCAUACAUAUACUUCGACGGCAGAUCCAAGGAAGAGGUUGCCACGCUUCUGCGCCCGGGUGAAGAGACAUGGGUCAACAGCCGUUGGGUCCAAAUCCCCGACUCGGAGGGCGGCGGUCUCGCCGAGCGCGAGUUCCUCUUCCGCGAGGUUGGACUCGAACGCUGGCUCAACGGCCUGGACCUGCAAGGCCAUGACGCCGCCGAGAAGCUGGAACGUCGCCGCCAAAAGUUUGAGAAAAGACGCCGACGUCAAAAGGCUACCACGGGUGCUACCAGCAUGCAGGUCGAAGAGGGCUCCAAUGGCCCUCGGGAUACCCUCCGCUACGGCGCCGAUGACGGCUCCCCUGUUGAAGCCGUCUUUGGCGAAGAUGAUUCUGAUUCGUUGUCUGAUGAUGACGAUAUUCCCGAAGCAACCGGUCAGAUCAAGGUUCUCAUGUUCCGUGUGCUUGCUUCGGGCGAAAUCAAAAAGGGAGAGUACUCGCCUCAGUUCGAUGCUCACGAUGACGAUGACGAUACAGCAUCGGGUAAUCAGGGCAACGGACAAGGCGGUGUUGAUGCUGAUGUCGAACACACCACAAGCUUUGCAAAACCCAAGACGCUGGACCCGAAGACCAUCAGCACCCAGACUGUUACGGGUAUUGACGGCCCGGACAAGCCAUACGCCUCCUUCACGUUCUUCUAUCGUGGGGAGAGACAACUCCAGAAGAUCGGUAUCAUCGCUUCUUCCAAAGCGACCCAGGCAACGCCGGGGUCGGCUAAGCGUCGGUCUGGACAACUAGACUUUUCCAAUCUCGGGCCAUUGAAAACGUCUGGAACUGUUGGCUUUUCAGCCUUCAGAGACCAGGAUACUGAAGCAACUCGAAGACGAAAGGCCCGCAAGAAGAGCAACGGCAAUGUUGGGGGGGCUUUAAAUGACGACAGCGACGAAGAUGACGAUGAGAGUGAACUCAUUGGCAAGAUGCGGGAUAUCGAUGAAAAAGACGUUCACAAUAAGCUUGCUCCCGAGGAUGUUAAGUCUCAGGGGGAGCUUGCAGACGGUGUAAACCGCAUUCACCUCAAGAGGGCGCACUCGACAGAACCUGAUCGCUCUGGAAAUGUGGGUGGCGCGAGCAGUGCCGCUCAGUCUGGUUCGUUUGCGGGCCCAUCGGCCACCACCGCCGUAGGCAAUGGCCAAUCUGAUGCGCGCGCUGGUCAUCAGAGCGCCGGCCAUGAUACGACAGUCGAGGCAACGAUCGGAAGCCCCUUGAAGAAGCAUCGCCCGAGUAUCACCGCUGGAGACAGUCAGCUUCAGGCGCAAUCUGGGAGAUCAAACAUAGGAUUUGAUGACGUCUCGAACCGCGGUGCCGCCGUGCAAUCUAGCCGGACAGAUACGUCAACUGCCCAUCUGGAGGAGGAAGAGUUAUGA